UUUCUACAGCGGAUUUUAUGCCACGUCCAAAGUUUUGCACUCUGUAAAUGGUUGGUAGUUACCAUUCCUGUUGAGUAUUAUGAAUUUUCUAGGGGCAUAGAAUGGAGUAUUCCAUACAUUCAUCUCCCAUGGGAAUCGAGCUCCAGCAAUUCAUUUAUUGAAAAUUCAACGUUUACACUUGGGGCUUAUUUUGAAAUAUGGGAAAGAAGCAAGUUGAGAACUUUUAAAUCCCCAUUGACUACAAACCAAAUCCUGGGAGUGGACCCUUCUGUACAUGGAAAGCCACUUAUGCCAGGGGAAUACAUGUCAUUUCUUGAGAAUCAGAACUUUAAUCCUGAAGCUGAAUUCAUUAUGAUUUCACGAAAUUCAGAUAGGUGGAAGCAUUUUGGUAGAAACAUGUUCUGGUUAGCUAUAUUUGGUGGUGGGCUGACCUUGCUCCAUGUGGCAAUUCUUUGCCUUUUGAAAUUGAGGAGGGAUUCAGAAAAGCAAGAAGAGUAUGGAGCUCUGGUGUUCCCAAGGUUCGAAUUAAUUUUGGUUAUGCUUGCAUUACCAUGUAUAUGCCAGGCAUCUGCUGCUUUAAUUAAAGGGAAAACAUCUACAGCUAUUGUUGUUGGAGUUGCACUCCUGGGUAUCUCCACAUCUUUCCUUAUCUCCUUGCUGCUGUUCCUCUCAAUUGGCAUCACAAUGGCUAAGCUUCUGCAGUACAAAGAAGUUCAUCAAGAGGGGCAAGAGUUCCAUUGGUAUCAAGAGUUUAUCCGUGUAACUCUUGGUCCCAGGAAAAGAGGCCAAUGGACUUGGACAGAUCAACAUAAAUCAAUUAAUCAAACAAAACUAGGUCCAUUAUUCGAAGACCUCAGAGGGCCACCAAAGUACAUGUUGACACAAAUUUCUAGUGAGGGGAAUCAAGCAAAACAUGAAGACCAAGACCGAAUCAUUGCUUCUGAAGAUGAGACUGAAGAUGCAGAAGCCCUGUUUAUCCAGAAACUCUUUGGCAUCCUCCGAAUUUACUAUACACUUCUGGAAUCAAUUAAACGUGUCUCUCUUGGAAUUUUGGCUGGUGCUUAUUCAUCAAAUAGGCCUUCUAGGAUUCCAACCCUCAUUAUUUUGUCCAUCACCUCUUUCCAACUUUUUUUCCUUGUCUUGAAAAAGCCCUUUAUUAAAAAGAAGGUGCAGUUUGUUGAGAUUAUCUCAGUAGCUGGUGAAGUGGGUUUAUAUGGGGCUUGCCUUGCUCUACUGGAGAAGGAUUUCUCUAGUGCUAAUGAGAGGAGAAUAGGGUUUUUCAUGCUGGCAAUGUUCAUCAUCAUGUUUACUGCACAACUGGUCAACGAAUGGUAUGUCUUAUAUCGCCAAGUUAUUCGACUGAGCGCAACUAGGAACUCAUUCUCUUCAGGAUUAAAAAGAGCUCUUGGUGGACUUUUACUAAUCGUGCUACCCACAAGGCUGUCAACAAAUCUGAACAACCAGUUAUCCUCCAGAAAUGGAGAAGGAGACAGUGGAAUUACAGUUACUCCCAUCGGUCAAGUCCAAAGAACUUCAGGUACAAGUGAAGGGUCAUGGCUGAGACAACUAAGAGAGGAUGCAAAGACUAGCUUCAGUAGAGAAGAUGCAGGAGCUCCUAAUGACCCUUCAAGCAGCAUGUACCAGAGAAGUGUGUUUUGGAGUGGAAAGAGAAGCAGAAGCUCUUCUGUAACAUCAUCAUCUGACUCC